AUGAUGAACUGCAUUAAAUGCACGUGACUUGAGCUGGAGCAACAGCGUCGAACAUUGAGUAUCAUGGCGUGAAGUGAUCUGAGGCCGAAGAAAGAAGAAUAUAAAGAUACAAUGCAUGGAGGGUUACUCGCGCUCUUGGCGCUUGUAGCAAGCGUCGUUACAUUUAUCAAAGCGGACUGGCGCCCUGCAAAGAUAGAAAUGUGCUAUUUGCAUCCUACAUUGAAAGAGCUCAUUCUUAAUGAAACAAGCGUAUGGGGGGAGAAAGGCAUCACUGAGGACUUGGUUCGUAGUCUUCACGACCCGUGUCCGCCCACUGAGGUCCGAAACCAUGCGUGCACAAAGUCGCAACGCAUCCUCAUAAGGAACGGGACGGUCUACUUGACGAAUGUCCAGCCGGUCAACGGCUGGAAUGUGGGUCACAUGCUGCCCGGCUUCUUGUUGGAGUUGUACGAAACCAGCCAGGUGUACAAGCUCCCGGAUGUGGAGUUCGCGUACUGGCAGGACGACAACGCGCCGGCUGAGACGGUGAAGAAGGCGGACGGCACGUGGACGUGGCCCUUCGCGCCGCACGGCCUGCCGCCCAUUAUGGCCUGGGCCAAGAACAAGAUGCACGGCUCGCUGCUGGUGCCGUACAGCAGCGCGUUCAGGUGUCCGCGCGACUCCUUUGAUGCCAUCAUGUCUGAAGUGCAGCGCAUGUCGGAAACGCCAUGGGAGCAGCGCAGCAGCAUGGCCUUUGGCCGCUGGAACAUCUUUUGCGCCUGGUACUACCGCGGCCACCUCAAGCUGGAGGACGGCACGCCCGCGCCCUGCCCCCGCAACUACUACAACGACCUGUACUACAACCACUCCGACAAGCUGCUGACGGUGGCGCUCAUGCGCAACCUGACCAACGGCACGGUGGCGACGUCUGUGUCGCUGCAUGAGCAGAACAAGUACAAGUACCUGAUCUCGACAGACGGCUGGGCUGUGAGCUCAAAGUUCGACAAGUACAUGCUGCUGGGCAGCCUUCUGCUGAAGGCUGAGGGCCUGACCUACGCUUUCUACUAUCCCGCCAUCAAGCCCUUUGAGCACUACGUCCCCAUCAUGAAGAAGCACAAGGACGACAUCUUGGACAUGCUUGAAUGGGCCAAGAGCCACGACGCGGAGGCUCAGCGCAUCGCGCAAAACGCCCAGAGCUUUGCGAUGCGGCACCUGAACCGCCAGUCGCGGCUGUGCUAUAUGUUCCAUCUCAUAUCCGAGCUGUCCAAACAGAUGAGGUACCAGGUGGACUGCUCGCGGCGGCCGGCCUGCAUCCCGCUGAUAGAGGAAAUUAAGUUCCUGUCUAGGUUUGACGUCACGUCAAACAGAUGCAGGUACCAGGAGACGCUAGCGCAGUACGGACACGUCGACCCGGAUGGGCAGCCGGGCUUUAGUGGUUAUGAGGAGUUGCUUCGGAAGCACAAGGCGCAACCAGAGUACAUUUUAUUCGGGAGAGGCAAGUCCUAGCAGGUCACAGGCGACUAGAGUGUUGGCAUGGCGCAGCUGGGGGCUUGCACAGGGCAGAGCGGAUACACCUUGGCCCCAGGCUAGGGAGAGGACGCUGAUGGAGUGUUUAAAACUGAUUGAGCAUGUCAUGCGGGGACUAGUGGCCUACGGGCUCCACACUGGGGCCCAAGGCGGCAUGGCUAAGAGGGGCGCGCACUAGUAGGAAGCUUGAGUCCUUGAGCAGGGUGCAGCUUACCGAGUAUGCACGUGCAACGCAUUAACCAGUCGGCUGA